AGAGUCAAACACAGAGAGAGAGAGAGAGAGAGAGAGCGCAGAUGCAGCGACUGCAGAACAGACGCUUCUGAGCGUUUAGAAGGGAAGCAGAAACACAUCAGAUGCUCGGGGAGGAAUGAAAGAGGAUCUGACAGAAAGACCAAAACCUUUGUGUUCCGUCUAAAUGGAUAAAUGUGCAGCUGCACCGCUUUGUGAAACUGAAGGAUUUAACAUGAAAAACUAGCUGAAGACUCGGUGAACUUUACCCCGAUCGCUAACAAAGAGAUAAAAACACAAACAUCCUGCCAAACACAAUGAGCACCGUCACGAUGACUGACCGCUUCACCAACCACACCUUCAGCAACCGCUCGUGUCCUCUGGAGGAGGAGAACCUGCGGCUCCCGCUGGCCGUGCUCUACUCGCUCAUCUUUCUGUUCGGUCUGGCAGGAAACCUGCUGGCUCUGUGGGUCUUCCUCUUCCUGCACUCGCGCAGAAACUCCGUGCGCGUCUUCCUGAUCAACGUGGCGCUGGCGGACCUGGUGCUGCUGGCGUGUCUUCCCUUCCGUGUGCUGUACCACGCUCAGGGGAACGUGUGGUCUCUGGGGCCACGCAUGUGUAAGGCGGUGGGCAACCUGUUCUACAUGAACAUGUACGUCAGCAUCACCCUGAUGGGUCUGAUCAGUCUGGACCGCUACCUGAAGAUCACCGGCCUGCGGGGCUCUCAGAAGGGCUGCGGGCUGCGCUGGCUCAGGGGCAGUCGCUGGAGUCUGGUGACCUGUGUCCUGCUGUGGAGCGGCUCUCUGGUGAUGGUGGUGCCGAUGAUCGCGCUGGCCGAGGGAAACGAGGAGCCGGGGAAGUGUUUCCAGUACAAGCAGAGAAAGCAAGCCAGAGGCAAAGCCUACUUCAAUCUGUUCUUGGUGGCGGUGUUCUGGCUGGUGUUUGUGGUGCUGCUGGUUUCAUACGGACGGAUCGCACGCAGAUUGCAGCGAGCCUCACGUGACAAACCGGACCUGCCCAACGCCACACGCUACGCCCGCACCGCUACUAAAUCCUUCGUGGUGCUGCUCCUCUUCACCAUCUGCUUCGUGCCGUAUCACGCCUUCAGGGGCUUCUACGUUGCGUCGCAGCUCCGAGACGUCAGCUGUGAGACGCAGCGGCUCAUGGAUCUCACCAACGAGGUCAUGCUUCUGUUCUCGGCCCUCAACAGCUGCCUGGACCCCGUCAUGUACUUCAUGCUUUCGGGUUCGGUGCGCAAAGCCACCAUUCGGGCCUUGUCCCAAUUCCUGAGCUGGCAGCAUGAACCCGCAGUGACCAACAGCUCCACCACAGAGUUGCGGAGGACGUCUGUGUCCCACACCUCCACCGCCGCGGUGCUGCCCACGUCCAGAGGCAGCCUGGGACUCAUUACAGCGAGCCCCUGCUCUAAACCCGACGACCGAGAGUCCUGUACGCCGAUCACACCGCUGUCGAACUGAUCGUGAGAUCACCUGUGACCCACAUCAGGGUUCCUAUACAUUUUCAAUCGCAAAAUUCCACACUCUUCCGAAUCCAGACUCAAAUUUCCAAACCUCUCAGUAGAUUUUCAGACCAUAUUUAAUGAAAAUGAAUCAAAGAGCAUUAUUUUCAGCUUUAUAUUUGGUAUAUAGUACAGUUUCUAUUUUUUCUCAGGGGUUUAUUUAGUGACAACAUACUGAGCCCAUAAAAAAAACACACUUUUGCAUUAAAAAAAAAGACUGGUACUGUAAAAAAAAAAAAAAAAGUGCUCAAAAUUUGGCUUUCUUUACGACAGUACAUCAUAUUUCAAGGCCUUAAGUCUGCAUUAAUGCAUACAAUGUGGUGGCCAAAAAACAAAACACCGUGAAACGGGCUCAAGUCACAAUAAGUGUCUCAGUGUGCAUUGUACUAUAUGCUAAGUUUAAUGAUUUCUCGUGCACGCACAAAAGUCUGUAUAUUUUUUUAUAUUUGCGAAGAUCUUUUUAGAAGCUCUGUGAUAUGGUGCUAAGAAUAUAGUGAGAAGAAACCCAAAACGCUUACCUGCAUUUUUGCAUAAUGAAAAAGUGCACCUUGAAUUCAUUCAAGAAUCACUAAACAGCUGCCAUGAAAACACACUUCUCGUACGA